AUGGUUAAGUUCUCUACUUGUGAAAUUGCUUUGAACCAGGUUGUCAGGAAAACGCGGGAAUACGUGAUAGGAAAGCGCGAGGCGGAAGUUCGUGUCAUGAUCGAUCGCAUGGUGGCAGCGAAAGGUGGAGAAGAUCAAGCCCUCUUAUUUGUCCUCUCUCAAGAAAGUCUCUCAACUCAAAAGCUAGAUCUCUUUACAAAUAUCUUACUUCACCGAGGAGCGAAUCCGUCUGUUUGUGAUAGCCACAUGCAGACUCCACUUCAUCACGCCGCCAAGCGGAAUCUAGUGGACGUCUGCCGUCGUCUGCUGGAGAACGACGCCCUUCCCAACGUCAAAGAUCGGAAACGGAUGAGGCCGCUAUCAUUCGCGGUCAAAAACUCCAACGAUCAGAUCGGAGCGAUGCUGUUAGAAUACAUGUCCAAUAAAGAUGUCCGGUCAUUAUUUCUGGCUGAUGGUGAUACUCCAGCAGAAUUCAGCUGUGAAACGUUACUGAGGAAAAACAUGGAGGAGACAAUGAUGUCUCUUAUGAACUGCAUGAUAGAUCGUCAUGGACACAGAGGGAAAGCCAAAGUCUACUAUAAUGUGCUGGAGUCUGACUCGCAUGGGAGACCACCCUCACAUCAUCGGUUUGACAGGGGAGCUAAAUCUGUGCUAUACCACAUUACCAACAGUGGAAAUAAGACCAUUAUCUACCACGAGGCUGUGCGACUGCUUGUGCGGAAAAGAUGGAAAGAUCACAUGAAGUUUCGUUUCUUAUUGUCGGCCACGUUUUACCUAUUGACCCUCUUUUCCUUGGUGUACUCUGCUGUGGUUGUCUCCAGCGUGCCCGACCCCAUGGUGUACGACUCGCCCUUACAAAUAUCACGCGGCGUCUUUGAGGUCAUCGCCUACUCGUCGGUUGCUUUCACCUUCUUAUUGGAGCUCAAUCAGUUUAGGAGACACAGGCUGCAGUAUUGGAAAGACCUCUUUAACUGGCUUGACAUGAGCUCGACUAUUCUUAUCCUGGCCGUGUUACCGUUGAGAUUCACUUACCAACAAGCCCAGUGGCAUGUCUUCUCCGUCGGUUUUAUGCUGUGGACUUUCAAAAUUUUUAAAUACUCUAUUAUAUUCAGGCAAACCGGUGCUUACACCCACAUUCUCUGGAGAGUGCUGUCUUACGAUAUUGUCCAGUUUAUGAUGUUCUUCGUUAUAAUAUUGCUGGCUUUUAGCGGGGCCUUUGUUCUGGCACUAAGGGGGGAUAACUCUUUGAAAGUCAGCGGGCAACAAAGGAAUGCCAGCGACCCGAAUGAGCCUACUUUGUUCCCCGAGUCCGCGUGGGAGAGCUCAAGCACAUUCUGGUGGAUCUUGUUUUUGGGUUUUCGAACUCUCAUAGACACGGAGCCGCUGGUAGAGGAUUACAUUAAAUUGCCGCCGUUGAGCGUCAUCUUGAUAAUAGUAUUCAUGUUUCUAUGUAUCGUGGUAAUGUUGAACCUUCUGAUCGCCCAGCUGUCCGAUACAUACCAGAACAUACAGAGCGAUGCUCAUCGUGGACUGGAACUGAACAGGGCCUGGAUAGUGACCCGGAUGGAGAUCAACAGCGUGUUUAUGGGGAACUAUAGAGUCAAGCAGUAUACUGACAUGGAAGAGUUUGAUGACGUCCAGGAUGUCCUGGCCAAAUGGGACUCUCCUCCCUUGAACAGCAUCCAUACUAAGCUUAAGAGGGUAGAGGAGCUCGCGGUCUCCACUCACUCCACGCAAACCACUUUACUACAGCGCCUGGCCUGGCAGGAGCAUGCUCUUCUCGACAUUCAGAAUCGCUUGGCCGCCAUGGCUGCUGGACGGUCUGCGGAUGGAAAGACUUCGGGUUCCGGAGAUGCCCCAAGACCGUCAGAAGCAUAACGUCUCUGUGCACGUCUUGCAGCCUCCUUGACGUUUGCCCUGUUUGGCGUCUUUACAAAGCCAUCUUUAGACGCUGCUUUCCCGAUGCAUCUGCAGCCUUGUGGUAGAAUCCAGCAUCCACACGAUAAUGUACAACUUUGCCUAAAUGGGCUUCUCAAAGUUUCAGCAAAGGCCUGACGAUUCUAAGAGGCCUUAAAAUAUAACGGACCAAUUUGAAAUUACCAAAACCUUUCAUUACACAGAAUAAGCAGUGCGACCACAUGAAGAUAAAAUAUGUAUCUUGAACGAUAAGUACAGUGGCCAGUUUUGAAUAAUGUAUU